CUUCCAACGGCUGUUUUACUUACGAUAAUUCAUAUUAUAUUUAUCAUUAUUCAUAAUAUACGCGACUACGUUCGCCGAUCGAACACUCGUACUGCGAUUGCGACCGCGACGGUUGAUAUUAUUCUAUACCUCUACUGGUAACAAAUACUGCAGCACCGUCAACCUAUACCAUGGUACCGUCGAACCCAACACGGUUAUUCGCCGCGGUACGUCGCAACCGGAUCCGAGGGCCAUCGCUAAUGUUGGCGGCCUGCGCGUGCGUCUGUGUCUGCGUCGUUCAGGUGCAGUCGCAGAGAGCCGGCAGUGGUAACCGGGAUGCGCCGGUGGUCAACAUCCGCAGGCAGGGCGCCAUUUCUGGGGUUGAGGUGCCGCUCAACAAGAUCGGACAUCGGGCCUGGACGUAUCUGGGCAUACCGUUCGCCAAGCCGCCUGUCGGCAAUCUGCGGUUCGCGCCGCCAGAAGUCGAUCCACCGCCCGCGUGGAAUGGCGUGCUCGCCGGGUCCGCGCACAAGCCCGCCUGCAUCCCGGACCCGCCGGUCCGGCCAAAUCCAGUUCACCGACUGUUCACCACCGUCACACCGGGCCCGGUCAAGAUUUCCGAGGACUGCCUGUACCUGAACGUCUACAGACCCGAAGGUGCGGUACCGGAAGAAAAGUUUCCGGUCAUGGUUUGGUUUCAUCCUGGCGAUUUUCAUUGGGGAACGCCAAUAUAUUGGGAUGCUUCGGUUUUGGCCGCUAGACACAAAGUGAUCGUUGUGACAACGGCGUACCGUUUGAACAUAUUGGGCUUCUACACGGACAACACUGCGGAGGCGUCGGGCAACUGGGGACUGUUGGACCAGGCGGCCGCGUUGGACUGGGUGCAGCGAAACAUCGACAGCUUCGGCGGCUCAUCGCAAAACGUGACCGUUUUCGGACAGGGCUCGGGCGCGGUGAGCGUGGGUCUGCACGUGGUGUCGCCCUGGUCCCGGGACAAGUUCCACCGGGCGAUUAGCAUGAGCGGGAACGCGCUGCUCAGGACGGCCGUGAUGGCCCCGGACGAUCCGGACGCCGUGCUGGAGGCGCUGGCCGACAAGUUCAACUGCUUCCGGAAUACGUUGACCGGAUGCCUGCGGAACGUGGACGCCGAGACGCUGGUCAAGGGCGGCGGUUCGCUGACCCGCUGGGGCCCGGUGGUCGACGGCCCGGCGCUGGCCAAUUUCACCAACGUCCAAGAACCGUUUCUACCGGACACGCCGGCCGCGCUCAUGGACGACGGCCGCUUCGCCGCCGUGCCACACAUGAUCGGCUACAACCGGAUGGAGGACGCGUUCGACGCGUUCGACGGAGUGAACGGCGGCGCCGAGGGCAUAACCAGAGAUCGGUUCGAGGCGUUGGUCCGGGAAGGCGUCGCCGACGAUGACGAGGACGACCGUCGGGCGCGUCAGCUCCGGCGGCUCCAGCAACAGCAGCAACAGCAGCCGGUCACCACGGCCACCACCGGCGAAACGGCGGGCGCCCUCUUGGACGGCGGCGGAGGCGGCGGUGUCGUCGUCGACGACGAGGGUAACUGUACGCUGGACACCGACUUCGUGGUGGACACGGUCGUGUUGCGGUACGCCAGGAAGACGGACGAUCCGGAAACGCUGCGCCGGAACUACGUGAUCAUGGCCGCCAACAAGGCGUACGGCGCCACCGGUCACCGAGUGGCCGGUUACGUGUCGCGUCUGAACGCCACAUACGUGUACCGGUAUGAGUAUAAGCUGCGCGCGACCAAAGCGCUGCCGGCCGCCGCCGAGUGGAUGGAUGCGCCGCACGGCGCCGAGCUGCCCGUCGUGUGGGGCAUGCCGUACUGGCCGUCGGCGGCGACCAUCGACUGGACGGCCGCCGACCGCCGGAUGUCGGACACCGUGAUGGCGUUGUGGACGAACUUCGCGCGGCACGCCGACCCGGCCCACCGGUCGGCCGUGGUCAACGUCCGGUGGGACGAGUACGAGCCGCGCAACUCCCGGGCCAUGGUGCUGGACAAAGUGCCGAUCAUGUCGCAGCCCGACCAGGAGCCCGAGUUCUGGAACGAGUACUAUCCCAAGGUGUUGGCCGUCGCGCUGCAGUGCUGCGCCAAUCGCACCGUGGAAUCGGGGGCUACGGCCGUUUUCGAGGGUCCCGGGCCGGCCGCUCUGAUGGCGCUCGUCCUGGUGGCCCUGUCGUGGUCAUCGUUGGUCACGGGCUCGUCAUCGUUGCUCGUGUGAGCACUGACCGCACGAAUGCCAACCUAAUAUUAAUAUAUUUAUAGCACGGGCGAUGAUUACUACUGCGUUUAAUAUGAUGCGUUAUUACUACUAUGAACUGUUCUUCAAAAUUAUUGUAUUAUUAUCGCUCUCAUCGGGUCCGUGGAACGCGUUUUGAAUAUUAUUUUUUAACGAUACGACGAUGCCGGAAAAAUAUCGAUUUAUUUCCCAAUACGCGACGUCUAAAUGACAUUGAAGUCACGUGAAAUAUAUUACACACGAAAAAAAAAACGUUUUAAUAAUUUUGUAGAUAUAUAGUAUAGGUAUACGUAUAUAUUGAAAUAUCGGAAAACGAUAACUUCUCUACUGCACCGCUGCUCGUGUCGUGAAAAGUCGACAAUAAGUACACCUCACACGAACAAUGCACGCAAUUCAAAGCAAAUGUUAUACUAAAGCGAAAAUAACAAUAAUCUUAAAAACAAAAAACAAUAUUAUAUUAUAUAUAUACAUGAAAUAUAGUAUUGUUGUUUUUUAAUUUCUAGAAAACAACAGAAAU